AUGAACCCACCACUCAAGCCACGAUAUGAUGAUCGCUUCCUCGUUAAGCUCUUCAAAAAGUGGCAUGAAGACGACGAGUACGAAAUCGAAGCAGCGAAGAAUAACGCUCCAAUCAAUGAUGGGAAGCAUUCCAUUGCGCAGUGCGACCGAGUGAAGCUUCUUCUUGGACAGAGUCUAAGAAAUCUUCGGGGUGUUACUUCAAAGCAGUGGCAAGACUUCGCACAAGGUACCGAUAUCCUUGCUACUAACGUUGAAGUGGCACAGCACAUGGAGUUCUCGCAGAAGCUCGAAGCAGGUGAGAUUUGUGAGGAAGUGGAGGCACAGAAAUUAGUAAAGAUAUUCGAGAGUAUGCGGAGAGAGUGCUGUUAG